CGCAGUCGGUGUGAAUCCUGAGAGAGAGAGAGAGAGAGAGAGAGAGAGAGAGAGAGAGCGUGCAACGGUCGAAGCAUCUAAUCAUUUUGUUCUGCACACGGGAAGAAACCCAUACCUAUCAAACCUCUCUCUCUCUCUCUUCUAUUUUCUUUUUCUUGUUUUUUCAGGCUUUCAUUUUAUGGGCAAAAAUGAGAGAUAAAGCCGUAGAAUAAUAAAGGGAAGAAACUAAGAAACGAGCUGCCAAAUGCCUUUUCUUCCGCUUCCUUUAUGAGCUUCAAUACAAUGGCUGGCAAUCCGUUUUCCUUCAUCAAGGAUAUCAUUGCAAUAAAGACCCCCAAGAAACCUACAUUGGUGCUUAGGAUGAUCGUCUUCGUCUUUGCAAUGGUGUGUGGCGUGUAUAUAUGCUCAAUUUGUCUAAAGCAAAUUAGCACUCACGGCAGGGCCGGAUUUCUGGAUGUCCCAGUGAUUCAAAAGCCAUGUCCAGAACCUCAAAUUGAACCAUGGGAAAUUCCUCAUGUUCACUACCCUAAACCUAAAACCUACAGCAGGGCUGAAUGUGCAUGUAAUCCUGUUCGAUAUUUCGCCAUUUUGUCAAUGCAGAGAUCCGGAAGUGGAUGGUUUGAGACAUUGUUAAACAAUCAUACUAACAUAAGCUCCAAUGGGGAGAUUUUCUCUGUUAAAGUUAGGAGAAGUAAUAUUUCCACUAUCGUUGAAACUUUGGAUAAAAUUUAUAAUCUUGACUGGCUCAGUAGUGCUUCAAAGAACGAGUGCACAGCUGCAGUUGGCCUAAAGUGGAUGCUUAAUCAGGGUUUGAUGCAGCAUCAUGCAGAAAUAGUAGAUUACUUCAAUGCAUGGGGAGUUUCAGUUAUAUUUCUCUUUCGAAGGAAUCUCUUGCGUAGAAUGAUUUCAGUUUUGGCAAAUUUGUACGAUCGUGAUGCUAAGCUUUUAAAUGGAACCCACAAAUCUCAUGUGCAUUCACCCCAUGAGGCAGAGAUACUUGCAAACUACAAGCCUAUGAUCAAUGCAACGUUGCUGAUACCCAAUCUGAAGAAAGUAGAAGAAACAACUGCCAAAGCUUUGGAGUACUUCAAGAGCACCCGGCACAUCAUUGUAUACUAUGAGGACGUAGUAAAAAACCAUACUAAGUUGAUAGAUAUUCAAGAUUUCCUGAAGGUUCCACGUAGGCAAUUAAAGAGUCGUCAGGUGAAGAUACACAAAGGAUCCAUAUCUAGUCAGAUUAGGAAUUGGGAUGAUGUCCAAAAGACGCUCAAGGGGACUCAUUACGAGAGUUUCCUGCAUGCAGAUUAUCGAAAGUAAAGCAUUUGCGGCAGUGCGGAUGUAUAUACCAUGCACCCUUCUCUAACCAUUUUCUUUUUAUCCUUAAGAAUUUUUGCCAUAGGAGCCAACAGGACACCUCACUUGCAUUUUACUUUCAGCUUCUUUGUUCUUUGUGAUCCCAGCUAAUUCUAUUGAUUCUUUUUUCUUCCCUCUCUUUCUGGAUGAACUGGGUUGUAUAUGAGCUGAUCAAGAAAGAGAAGUGCUUGUUCACUGAGGAAAUUUUGUGUCCCUAAGAAUUUGAGUGUUGUGUAAAACGAUUGAAAAUCCGAAGAAAGUUGUAUGUAAUUUGGUCGUUAUUAGAAUGUAAUUAAAAUGGUUAGAGUUAUACGUCU